AUGAAGUUCACUACCUUACUGAGGACGCCAGGGGGAAAGCCUUGGAUGAUAUUCACGCCCGCCGCAUCUCUCUUGGUCAGCUUGCUGGACAGCUUUCGGGAUUUAUUGAGUAAUGUAAACCAGCUUGAAAAGCUUUUGAAAACAUCUUGUGGAGACAAGGGGUGUUGUGAUAAGGCUGUGAAAUUCCGUGAUGUAAAACUUACAACACUUCGAAACAAAUUUAAGCAACAAUCUGAAGAAAAUAAUCAUCUUAAUAAAAUUGUUACUACUGCAGAAUUCCAAAAUGUUUCAUCUCAAUUAAAGCAGACGGAACAGCAGAUUCAGCAAAAAAUUGAUGACCUUACCAGGCAAAUUGAAAACCUUAAACAGCAAGAUAAAAAUCUUAAAAAAGCUAGUGAAAAGCCUCAAAAUGCCUCUCAAAUUGACAAACUUAAUAAGGAUCUUCAGUCUCAUAAUGCUUCCAAGAGGUCUCUUGAGACACUGAAAGAGCUUUGUGAUUUUGCUAAUAAAGUUAAUAACGCUCCACAAAAAAAUAAUGGAGAAUGUUUAAGCAUUUUAACAAAUCUCACAGACGGUUUAGAAAAGUUUUUAGGAUUCAACCCUGAUUCCAAAGGCUAUGAUGGCACUGGCAUCGUGUACUCGGACCUUGACAGGCUGUGCGACGGGGUAAUGGCGUUCUUGCACGGGGUUCUUCAGACUGUGAAAAAUGAUGAAAGUGUGAAGAAAUAUGAUAAUAUGCUUCAAGAACCUACUAAAAAGUUAAAUGAUGUUCUUGACACACUUACUAAAAAUAUUGGCUCCGGGCGUGUUGGGCUUUCGGUGUCUGUCACCAAGGUGAAGGAGUGGUUAGAGGGGUAUAAUGAUGAAGUUGGCAAGAAGACAAAAGCAGUGACUCAAGGAUUAUCUGCACUUAUAGGUAAGUUGCGUAGUGAUAUUUCAUCUGGUGUUUCAGGUAUGUAUUAUACUCAAGUCUCAAGGAUGGAAGGCGACAAGCUUCAAGAUCAACUCAAGGCAUGGCAGGAGACGUUACCUAGCAUAUUUAAUGACAUCAAUAAUAUUGAAUAUAAGCACAUUAAUUCACUUGAUAGCGCACUUAGAGACAGAAUAACUAAUGAAAUUAAGCCCAUCCAUGAGGCCGUGAAACUGUUGCGUGACUCAGCUAACAAUCUGGAUCUUAAGAACCAGGCACGUAACGUUGAUGAGCAGCUGAAACAGCAGAAGUCGUUUGUUGAGACUGCCAUAAAAACCGGGUGUGAUGAAUUACAGACCACUUUGGAUGCAGAAUUUAAGAAAAUCUGGAAGGAAAUCAGUAGUUUGAUUGACACGAAGAAAACACAGAUUCAGCAUAUCAAGGAGGCGUUGUCAACAGCGAAGGGUGAUGUUAAUAUUUUGCUUUCGGAUUUCAAUGGGACUUAUAAAAAGGAUGUUUCAGAUAUGUUUGAAGACUUGAACAACCAGAUGGAGAAGAUUAAUCCCAACGCAGUUAGUACUGGACCAGGAUCAGAACUCAAGAAACAAUUUAAUAACAUUACGACGAAGGUUACAGAUGUCGAUAAGAAGUUAAAAGACGCUAAAAAUCAUUUGGUGACUUGGAUACAGAAAGCAGGUAGUGUGCUGGACAGGGCGAUUCGGAAGGCACAAAAUGAAGUGUAUAAAAAGAUGGAUCCUGGUGGAACAGAUUCAGAUUCUAUUGGCGAUAAUAUAACAAAACUUAGCACAGCUGGAGGAAAAGUUGAGAAUGCCAAUCAAGAAUUGAGUAAGAUUGAUGGCUCCCUGAAUUAUUGGAUCACGCAAACAAGCAACCUUGUAGAUGGUGCGUUGAAUAAUGCCAAUAACAUUAUAUCGCAGAUGAGCCAAACCAAUACUGAAAACAUUACUCAAUCCGUAGCCGAUUUAAAGCAAAAAUCGGAAGACCAUUUCCUCCAAUAUAAACAAUCAGAACUUAUGGUAUACGCCCACCAGGCCAAUGAAAAUCUUAACAAACUGGCCAACGCAGUGGAGAGAUUGGUGGAUGAGAGAUUAAAACCAGCCCUGGAAAAAUAUAAGGAGUGGGUAAAAGCUUCUGCGGCUGCUCAACCUAGUAUAACGCACGAUUCACGUCCUCUUAUUCAUUCCAUUGUGCAUCUGAAAAAUAUUUCGAAUGUACUUCAACAGGCUGCUCAACAGCAAUUAGGUGUUAACGGAGGUCGACGGCCAUACGGCUUCUCACAGUCGCCAUUACAGACGUCACUUUAUGAGUUACAAAAACAAUCAUCAGAAAUCCAUGCACUUGAAAAUGAGGUUCGGAGACCAAAUCAAAGUUCAGGCCUGCAAACUAAGAAUCCCGACCAAGUAGCAAAAGAUCUUCAAACCCUAUCCACCCUAACCGUUAACAUAAGGAGAGUGAUGAACGACUCUAUUACCGCCUUAAACGAAAGUAUUAAUGCUGGACUGCAGAGUGCCUCACUCAGUGUAACCAUGAGUCUCACAUCACAAAGCUGGAUAAGAGAUUCAUCCACGUUUAGUAAUGCUUUGCGAAAUGCCCACACUUUUUGUCAGCAUAUACAGAAGUUGGAGAGUCAAUUUCGAAGUCAACCUGGUGGCUUCGACAUAAACAUUACAACUAGUCGACUUGACAACAUAAUGCAAGUUGUUGCAAGCUUUGGUACACAAUUCGCUAACGAUAGGGCUGUAUUCGAGAAAUUUAACAAUGGCAUCACCGAGCCUUUCCGCAAACUCGUACAGGCUGUUACGAGCGCUGCGGGAGAAGAAAAGAAUGGCUUGCAACAAAUAUUGGGAAAGCAGUUGAAAGAAAUGUAUUUCAAUAGGCCUGCCUCUGAUCUGGAAGAAAACCAGAAUAGCAUUCACCAAUUCUAUAAGGUCUUUGGCACUCAAAAAUCCGAGCUUUCCACCCAGCCAGGCGCCAUUAAAGAUGCAACAUCCGCAAUCACAACGGAACUCAGAAAGCUUAUAGAGAAGUUGAAAGAAGAUGUUGUUGGAAAACUACAAGAUCUGAAAACCAAUGGUAUUAAUGAUGACACUGUUUGGAACGGUACCGUGGGUCUGUGCAGAAUCCACAACGAUAUUAUUGGAAUACUCGGGACCAAUGUCUCCGGUAACCUUCAUGACAUUAUUAAUAAAGCGAGCCCGCAAGUCAACGCCAUUAUCCUAAAACUCGAAGAACUACCGGACAAAGUUGAGCAAGUCAGGCAAGUGACUCAGGGGAAAUUGGAGGCGUUGGAAAGAGCCAUUACGGAGAUUCAUAAAAAAAUUGAGGCAGUUGAGUUCACCAUCUCGCAGGCGGAUUUCAAACUAGGAACUGUAAUAAAGGACCUCGGGGAUGCCGCUGUUAAGGUUGAAGAUACUAUUAAAACGGCCAUAUCAAACUUGAAGAAAUCCCUCCUCACCGUCACAAAACAAGCCUUCUCCACCCUAACUACUGACGUCCAAAACCUUUUCGCAGAUGGUCACAAGGCCAAUCUCCUAGCCCUCAAAUACCUUGUCGAACGCCAAUCCGCAAAGAUCGCAAACAUCAUUUUCACUGAUACGACCAACGGCCUCAAAGGCUUUUUGAAUACCUUUAGCAGUUAUCUAGAAUUAAAUAUGCGUGAAUUUCAGUAUCCCGAAUUCACAGAAUUAUCAUCCGCCUUCAACAAUUACCUCUCCCCCCUCCUCUCCUACACCGCCGAACAGGUCAAGACGCCGAGCAAGGCGAAGAAGGGAGAGAAGCAGAAAAAUGAACAAUUAGAUCAAGUAUCUCUGUUGCAGUCCAAUUUAGAUUUAUUACUCUCGUCGCUCAAGGAGACCAAUCGUUUCGAUUUUGGAUUUCGAAAUAAGCUGGAUACAGUCAUGGACGUGCUGUCGUUCUUCAGUCCUCGUAAAUUCUCGGGAUCCCACAAUCCUGAAUUACUCGACGCUCUCAAAGGCGGAGUAAAAUCAUUCUGUGAUGAAUUAGAUAAGGUAUAUAUGAACGUUUAUGAAGCACAUCCUGAUCAAAUAAAUUGGAGUCAAUUGGUGACUAAAAAUCCAGCAGGCAAGCCAGGUGAGACAAAAGAUGAAUUGUCUCAGCAAGGCAAAAAUUUGUCUAAAAUCUGUCUGACCACAAUUGAGACGCUGUUACAUGAAAUCAGCGAUUUGAGAAAUAAUUGCUAUCCGCAUGAUAACAAAGGCGCGUGGAAAGACAAACAUAUUUACCGUUAUGAAAAUGGCAAUAAAAAGGUUAAGAAUCCCCUAGGUGACUGGUUUAAACGUGCCGGUUACAUUGUUUCCGAUUUUGACAAACAAGAAGGUGAGCUGCGCAACAAGCCAGAAUGCAAAGGUGAACAUGUUUAUAAAUUACUCGUCAAUGACGAAUCCACCAAAUACCUCUUCCGCCACGUUGAUCCUGCACAAGACCCCCGAGCACUCAGGAAACUCCACAACUAUGUUGAGACCUACUAUUAUGUCGGUCAUCUCGCACACAUUCCCUCACCAAAAGCACCAACAACAGUUCACCAUAUGCUUUGUUGGUGUCUCGGGUUAUACUACAAUCCGGUGUACAAUUCACUUAAGAAACACAUCGCUACGGUAGUGAAGACAAAAGAUGCAAAAUCUGGUGAAACAUUGCCGUACACAGAAGCCUAUCCCACCGAAUUAAAUGCCGCGGAUUUGGUGGCCGCCCUCAACCAUAUCAUAUCGCAAUGUGCCUCCGUCCUCACCACAAUCCUUGGCACCGGCGACGCAGAAACCACAUACGCUUCUGAUUUCUAUAACAACACACUUAAUCUUAGAUAUCCUAAUUCGGGACAGGCGUGUCUCGACAUGUUCCUUGACAUAUUGCGUAGAUUAUUCCUUCAACUUAAAUUUUUAGAAACUCAGUGUGCCCUUCCCUCCAUGCAUCACGGCUGGCGUGGCUGCCUUUACGGCAGAGACAUAAAGACAACCAAAUCCCUGUGCGAUAACCAUAUAGGCAACAAACAAUCUGACUGUCUGCCUAGAUCACCCCUCAUGUCUUACCUAAAUGACUGCCUUCCCGGUCACUUACCGCACCAGCUUAGCGAAAUUGGUUGCAAAACGGUAUGCACCACCUGCCCUAGCGGCAGACCCGGAAUGCCAUGUUUAACACCUCUUGGCUUCAAAGGUUUCUCUGGAAGUACGCGCAGAGGUAACGACCUAUAUAAAGUGCUAACCAAAUUCUUCUACAACGUCCAUAUUACAGGCCUCAUGUGCCUCAUCCCCAAGCCGCCGUCCACGUUGCCUGAGCAUAUUGGAUUUGCGUUGUCAUUAGUUGCCAGCUGGUUUGACACGUCUAAAGUGACCAAAAAUGAGAUACGCAAUCCCACUCUCCAGUCUUCUUUCGAAUCAUCCAUCUCUAGCCUAUCCAUUCAGCUAUAUCCCAAAUCAUCUGAACUCACCAAUGCCCUUAUGAGAGCAUAUGGUUCGCAAUCUGUUGUGCAUCAAACCUGCCAGCAUCAUCAUCUGUUGAAUCUAAUAAGCGGAGAUAUGUGUAUAAACCAAAGCAAGGGGGUCACGUGUUCUCCAUACAUAUCUUCUCUAUGCAUUGACUCCUAUCAUGACCUUGCCUACAAGCACUGUAACACAUACCUCUCCUGGGCCAUCUACCUCCCUUGGACAUUUUGGGAUCUACUCAACAAUUUAUAUAACGCUUUCUGUGGAAUCACUUGUGCAGAUUGGGGAUGCCGUGGAUGUCUCAGAGGGGACAAGUGCAAGAGCGGCAAGCAUGGAAUCGUCGAGGAUGAGAAGAAAGAUGUUACAUGUCAGUGUUCUUCCAUAGUAUCCUGCAGAGGCGUCGCACCGACGCUUUACCAGUAUGGAUUCAGCUUCGGCGAGGCGUCGACGUUGAAUGGUGGUAGCACAGUGAAGAAGUGUAAGGAUUUCUGUAGUCAGUUGAGGAAUGUGCUAAAAUCAGAAUACUUCAGAACAUUGUUCAAGGAAUGUGACAAUUUCUUAUGCAUUAUCAGAUGGCCAUUCAUGCUAACGUUAUUAUCCCUCUGGUCGCUGUCGCUCCUGUACCUGCUGCACAUCACCGUCGUCCGCCUCGACGUCCUGAGGAUACGCUCGCACCUGCGAUCGCCCUCAAGCCACCGCAUCGCCGCGCAGUCGCUACUCGCCGCCGCACGCGUCAAGGCACUCGCCAACGUCAAGCAUGGGAAUGGUGAAAAUGGUCUUGAGAACUUGGCUGAGGCUUUGAAAAAGCUGAUUGGUGAUGCUAUUGAAAGUGCUACGAGUAGUCUUUCAAAAAGGGAAAAUGAACUUAAAUGUCCUGAUAAACGUUAUGAUGAAUCCCUUUGUAAGUCUCUUGAUGACAAGAUCGUUGAGGCUAGAACUGCCUUAAAUUCUGAUCAAUCUAGAACGGCUCAAAAUCUUGUUAAAAAGUCUUUAACUGAUCUUGCAUCCGACCUAGAAAAACAUAAAUCCAACAAGCAAAAACAUUACAACGAAGUUCAUUACCUUACUGAUGAUGCCCGGGGGAAGGCUUUGGAGGAUAUUGAUGCCCACCGUAUCUCUCUUGGUCAGCUUGCUGGACAACUUUCGGAUUUUAUUGGCGGCGGAGAGGAAGUCAAGAAAGCGAUUUUGAAUGGUUUGCACAGUAAUGUAACUCAGCUUGAAAAGCUUGUUAAAACAUCUUGCGGAGAUAAGGGGUGUUGUAAGGAUGCUGUGAAUUUCCGUGUUGGACCUCUUAAAAAUCUUCAAGAGCAAUUUAAUGACAUUGAUAAAAUUGAGAGAGAAAUUGAUGGCCUUAAUAAGCAAAAAGAUGAAAAAGGUAAGGCGCCUGUAAGGGCGCCGUCCGACGGUCAGUCUGAGAUUGAUGAGCUUACAAAGGAAAUUCAGGAAAAUGAAAAGCAACUUGAAGAGCAAAAAAAGUCUCUUAAUGUGCAAAUUGAGAAGCUUCAAUCUCCUUUAAAUGAGCCUAAAAUGAAAAUUCAGAAUACAAUUGACAGCCUUACUGCCAGCGUAAGACAGUGUGAAGAGGAAAUUGAGCAGUAUAAAAAGGCACAAAAGGCCUCUAAAAAUGAUCCUAAAAAUAUCUCCAUUCCCUAUCAUCUUUCCAAUCCUCUUGCAACUGCGCAGGCUAAAUUGAAGUCUCAUAAGGCUUCGUUGAAUUCGCUUGAAAGUCUUGAUAAGCUUAUUACAUUUCAUAAUGAUGUUCAAACUCCUAAAAGUGGAGAAUGUAAAAACAUUUUAACAAAUUUGUGCUCUGGCUUGGAGAAGUUUCUUGGUUACCAAGAAACUUCCAAAGGCUACGACGGCACAGGCAUCGUGUACUCGGACCUCGACAGGCUCUGCGACGGGGUGAUGUCUUUCCUUCAUGGAGUUCUUGAGAGUGUUAAAGAUGAUGAGAGUGUGAAAACGUAUGAUAAUAAUCCACCAAAUGAUAUUAACAAUGUUCUUGACAGAUUAAAUGAUAGUGUAGGUAAAGGCCGUGAGGCCUUCCCGGCCGCCGUGACUCAGGUAAGUGGGUGGUUGAAAAAACAUGGUGAGCAGGUGGAGAAGGCAACGGGAGGAGUGAAGAACAAAUUAGGUGAGUUGAUUGGUAAUUUGUCAUCUGGUGCAGGUGAAAAUGAGAAUGUGUAUUACAAGAAUGUCAAGGAGCAAGAGGAGCACAAGCUUCAAGACCAAUUGAAGUCUUGGAAGUCCACCUUAGUAAGCCUCAAAAAUGAGGUUGACGGCAUUACAAAAACAGAUGUUAAGGCUUUAGAUAACACAUUACAAUCACAAAUAACUCACAAAAUAGAUCCGAUAACUAGCGUUAUCGAGCACUUGCAGAACUCAGCUAGCGAUGAGGUCAUGGCGGCGUGCCAAGCCGUGGAUCGGCAGUUAGACGAGCACAAAGCAAGGGUGCUUAAGCAUAUUGAGGAUGAUUGUACAGGUCUCUUAGAGACCCUCUAUGAGGAGGUUGACAACAUGCUACAAAAAAUUAGCGAACUGCAAGGCAUACGAUGCGAGCAGUUUGGUCAUAUAAAAAACGUUAUCGAACACAUUAAAUUUGCGGUUGGUGAUUUCAUAGAGAAUUACGACAAUAAUUAUAGCGCAAAGAUAUCAACCUUCUUCGAUAUUAUAAGAAAGGAGGUUGAAAGUGUAUAUAAGAAUUUGAAAGUAAGGAAAGAUAGUCUUAACAGGUUGAUUAGACUAGCUGAGACGUAUUAUAUUCGGAUUAAAAAGAAGAUUGGUGAGCAAAAUAAAGAAGGUGUCAUAGGCGACAAUUGGAAGAAACUGAAAACGAGAAUGACGGAGCUUGUUGGGGAGAUUAAGGGGAAUGGCAGCGGUGAUGGUCUUGGGGGGGUUGCCGGAGGGGUUAAGGAGUAUGCUACUGAUUUCAGCGAGGGAACAUUCGGGACUAGGGUGGAAGGAUGGAUUGACGGUAUAUUGAAUGAGGACCCGGUCAAGGGGUGGAUGAAGGAGUACGCUAGUAGUAACGAUGAUAAGUUUGUUUCAGAAUAUAAAGGCGCUAAGGCAAGUGACGAUAAGAGUAAGAAGCUUAAAAGUAAAAUGGCAAAUGCAAUAAGACUACAGAUAGAGAAAAAACUUGGCGGCGAUCUAUCGGUAACUAUGUGUACCAUUGGUAGUGCAGAUGACAAAGGCAGCAUCUCGAAGAAUCUUGCAUAUGUUAAGGAUAUCUGCGAAGGUUUUGCCAAGCGACUGGGUGAGAGGAUUAGGAAAGAGACAAUUGAUGGAUUUGUUAAUCAAAUUGUAAUGGCAAUCGAGGAAGAUCCGAAGAUCGUUGACAUACAUAAGAAACGUGAACACAACCAAUACAAUCUCAAAUACCUCGUCUUAUACACCCUCCAUCAGCUUGUUGCAACUGCCAGGAAAGCCGGUGCAGAAGUUUAUUCAUUCACUGCCGACCACAAGUCCAAGCUCAGCGAAAACGUGCACGGUGCAAUAGAGAAGGUUACGCAAAUCGGCAAGUAUUUUGACAAGGACGAUGACAAAAAUAACGGACUAACAACCGAUGACUUUGGGAAAAAAAUUGAUGACGCCUUGGAGGCGUUGAGGCGUCCAAUUAGGGAGCUUGAUACAUUAUUUCAGGAGCCAGCCGAUAAAGAAUAUAUUUUCAAAGAACUGGCCACAAUUGAGAAACACCUUUCAACGCUCGAUCAAAUUAAACAAGAAAAAGAAGGCGGUAAAAUCUAUGAUGAAAAAGGAAAAGCGGACAAACUCAUGUCUGACCUGAAACAUAACAUUCAACAGAUUACUAGUGGAUUCGACAGCAUCGAUGGUGUUGUUAAGAAUGCUAACGAUGUUCUGGAGAAGGGUCUACUGUCGGUAACUGACGCUCUCCUCUCAUUCCGUCAUACUCUCACAAAUGAUAUCCAAACGCUUCAAAAGGACCUCACCGAGACUGCGAAAAAUGCCUUCGAAGAGAUCACCGUCCAAGUCAGACUUCUAUUCUCGCACUCCCGAACGGCCGACCUAACCGCCCUCCGAAAACUGGUCGACGCACAAAAAACAGCGAUCGAAGGCAUAAUUAAGAAAGACUUGGCGAACGGCGUCAAAGGCCUUUUGGACAAAAUGCUUAAAACUCAUACCAUUCUGGAGCCAAUGAAAGAUGAUAAAGAAUUAACAGUCGGUACUCCAAAAUUCAAGAAAUUCUACGAAGGACUCUGGUCUUACAUCAUUGGUCAACUUACCAACCAUCCAUCCAAGGACAACGCUUCAAAGGUUAACACAGCGUUAACUGAAUUACUCCAGAAAAUGAUAAAAGAAAACCAUUUCAGCCAUGAAGUCUCCGAUUUGAUCAAAAAAGUGGCCGACGUUGCCGAGAAAUUCUCCCCCGCCAAAUUCACUGACCCCUCCAGUCCCAUCCUGCAAGCGCUCAAGGACGGAAUCGGCGCCCUGGCCAAGCAACUCGGCUACGCAUAUGUGAGCACGUACUGUUGUCAGAAGUUUGACGGUGCGUUGCUUGAUCCUGAGAUUUCCACUGCGUCAGACGACAAACGUAAAUUGACUGAGUACGGCAAGAAGCUGUCUAAGGUUUUCAUGACCUGUCUCCCUGGUUGGGGUAAACAUCUCGAUUGGCUGAGGAGGCAUUGUGAUAAGGAUCCGAAGGGUCCGUGGAAUGGUCUGCAGAUUACUAAAUUAAAAAAUAAUCCCCUCGGACUCUGGUUUGACUCCCGCGGUUACAAGGUGUCAGAUUCAGAAAAGCCGGAGGGCGAAUUAAAUAUCAUACAGGAUCCAAAACAUGGUAUCCACGGUCUCCUCGUCGACAACAGAGAGAUUGAAAAACGUCUGUACAGAAACGAUGAUGAAAAGAAAGAUCCCGGCACACUUAGGGAGGUAUGCAAAUACCUCCCCCUCUAUUUCCAAGUCCGUCAUCAUGAGCACUUUGACUCACCAAAGCCUCCAACGACAGUAUCUCAUAUGCUGCAGUGGAUUACCGGACUGACGUAUAAUCCCAUGCUUGAAAAACUCGACUCACAUUUUACCACAAUGUUUCAAGGCCUGAAAAAAGCGUAUAAAUUAGACAAUCCGCACAUAGCUAUCACUAAGCCGUUCACACUUAGCGGUGCUCUAAACGACAAUACCAUUAGAUCCAGUUACUUAAGCGCCGUACUUCGCAAAGUUUGCGAAACGGCCGAAAGUGUGUUAAUUGCCUUCCAGGGCCACGGCCACGCGGCUGGCCGCUACGCCUGUGAGUACAGUAGUAACGUAGAUAAACUGGACUAUACAACUAGCCCAUCUAAAUGUUUCGAUUUGCUAUGCGAAAUAUGCCUUAAACUACAUGAUCAGCUUAACUUCCUUUAUAGGCAUUGUUCUCAUCCAAGUAAACUCGGUGGGUGGCAAGACUGUUGGUAUGGCAACGGCGUCGCUGGUACUAGCUGGCAGUGCAAUAACUUGCAAUGUCCAGACCAACCAUACAACCAAGAGGGUAACCAAAAGCAUAACCAACAGUGCGACCAAAACUGUAACCAAAAUGCUGACUGCGGUCUCAAAUCGCCGCUUCAAUCAUACUUGGAAGACGGUCUUCCAGGUUUCAUACCGCACCACCUUAAAAAGCUUGGUUGUGGAGUGGAAUGUUCCCUCGGUAAGCAUAGGGGGUUACCAUGCCUAAUUCCCAUGGGUUUCUCCGAAAUUGGCACGGUGGCAUCGCACAGGCAAAAAGGCGAAGAUCUCAAGAAAGUUCUUGAGAAAUUCUGUGGCCAACCAAGCAAACCGCUCACCCUAUUCUGCUCUUACGUGAAAUGCUUGCUACAUAUUCCGCCUCAAACACUUGGUGAUAUGUUCGCGUUUUAUUACGGUUUCCUUAACGGGUGGGAUGGCAGUGGCCCGAAUAGGAAAGUAGCAUUUGAACAGGCUGUUCAAAAUGCCGAUUUCGAAAAUAGAAACACAACGCUUAAUGUUGGUACAAUGUUCCAGAGCAGUGAUCAUACAGGUACCUCAACAACCCAUGUGAAAGGAGACCUGUGCAGCCUCGUCACCUGCGAUGGAGGAAUCGCUACUCUGGACCCUGUCGGCACCUGCGGACCGUAUCUCAGACCGCUUUGUAUGGACAACCGCGGUAUUUAUUCUUCCACGUUCAAAAACUAUUACCUGUCUUGGAUUGUUUAUGCCACUGAAACAUUUUCCAGGUUGCUGAAGGACCUAUUGGAGGAGUGCCGUCAGAGUUGUGGGCUGCCCAAAUCUAAGUGUCAUACGACAAACUGCGUUACAAAUUGCCGUACAGUUGUCUCUGACAUUACAUCUCCGAAUAAAAAUCACCAACAAGGCUGCAAAUCAAUUGUGAAAUGCAAGUCAACAUUACCCAAUUUGUAUAAAUAUGGGUUCUAUUUUGGUAACACACAAAAGCUAAACGGCACAGAAGAUAUUAGAACUAAGCGGACAUGUAACGAUUUCUGCGACGCAUUGGAUAGAGUCCUCAGCGAAGUGAAGGACAAGAAUGAUGUACUAGCCAAAUUGAUAUAUGAAACUAUUCCAAAAUUCUUAUGGGACAUCAGGAGUAAAUUCUACUACCUCUUACUAGCCCUCUGGUCGCUGUCGCUCCUGUACCUGCUGCACAUCGCCGUCGUCCGCCUCGACGUCCUGAGGAUACGCUCCCACCUGAGAUCGCCCUCAAGCCACCGCAUCGCCGCGCAGUCGCUGCUCGCCGCCGCACGCGUCAAGGCACUCGCCAACGUCAAGUACUUCUCACCAUAA